CAGCCGCCAGGGUCCGCUGUGACGCGGAUCGGGCCUGGCUGCUCUAGCCUCACCCGGGGAAGUCGCUGUCCUUACCUUCAGCAGGAGCCCGCGCCUCGGAGUCUGCGCCCGCCGGCUCUCCGCUCUGUCUGCAGCCACCCACUGCCUGCUUGCCGCCCACCAUGGCCCUGCUGCACUCCAGCCGCGUCCUAUCCGGGGUCGCCGCCGCCUUCCACCCAGGCCUCGCGGCCGUGGCUUCUGCCAGAGCCAGCUCCUGGUGGGCCCAUGUGGAGAUGGGCCCCCCAGAUCCCAUCCUGGGGGUCACAGAAGCCUUCAAAAGAGACACCAACAGCAAAAAGAUGAACCUGGGAGUUGGUGCCUACCGGGACGAUAAUGGAAAGCCGUACGUGCUCCCUAGCAUCCGGAAGGCAGAGGCCCAGAUUGCUGCAAAAAACCUGGACAAAGAGUACCUGCCCAUCGGGGGGCUGGCCGAGUUCUGUAAGGCCUCCGCAGAGCUGGCUCUGGGCGAGAACAGCGAAGUCCUGAAAAGCGGCCGGUAUGUCACCGUGCAGACCAUUUCUGGAACCGGGGCCUUAAGGAUCGGAGCCAGUUUUCUGCAAAGAUUUUUCAAGUUCAGCCGGGAUGUCUUUCUGCCCAAACCGUCCUGGGGGAAUCACACGCCCAUCUUCAGGGACGCGGGCAUGCAGUUACAGGGCUACCGAUACUACGACCCCAAGACGUGCGGCUUUGACUUCACAGGCGCCAUGGAGGACAUUUCAAAAAUGCCACAGCAGAGCGUGCUCCUCCUGCAUGCCUGCGCCCACAAUCCCACGGGAGUGGACCCUCGCCCCGAGCAGUGGAAGGAGAUAGCCGCGGUGGUCAAGAAAAACAAUCUCUUCGCGUUCUUCGACAUGGCCUACCAAGGCUUUGCCAGUGGCGAUGGUAACAAGGAUGCCUGGGCUGUCCGCUACUUCAUCGAACAGGGCAUUAAUGUUUGCCUCUGCCAGUCCUAUGCCAAGAACAUGGGCUUAUACGGUGAGCGUGUGGGAGCCUUCACGGUGAUCUGCAAAGAUGCUGAUGAAGCCAAGAAGGUGGAGUCACAGUUGAAGAUCUUGAUUCGUCCCAUGUAUUCCAACCCUCCCAUCAAUGGAGCCCGGAUUGCAUCCACCGUUCUCAACAGCCCUGAUCUGCGUAAACAAUGGUUGCAAGAAGUGAAGGGCAUGGCCGACCGCAUCAUUAGCAUGCGGACCCAGCUGGUCUCCAACCUCAAGAAGGAGGGAUCCUCCCACAACUGGCAGCACAUCACCGACCAGAUUGGCAUGUUCUGUUUCACGGGACUGAAGCCCGAACAGGUGGAGCGGCUGACCAAGGAGUUCUCCAUCUACAUGACAAAGGACGGCCGCAUCUCGGUGGCAGGGGUCACCUCGGGCAACGUGGGCUAUCUUGCCCAUGCCAUUCACCAGGUCACCAAGUAAUUUCUCUGACGAGAGGAAGCAGAGACGACCUUCCCGGCAACCUCUGCUGUUGAGAGAUUCACGCGGAGGAAGAGGGAGGGUGGAUGGUGGUGAGCAGAUCAUUUCUUUCAACCACGGACCUGAAAACUCAGUGUUUGAAUGCGUUGCUCAGAAAAGAACGUGUAGGGAAACAGGCAGAGGCACCUGUGGCCAGUGCGUGGGACUUUGCAGCUCUGAACCAAACUCUCCCCGAUCUUUGUACCUCCAGCUUUUCUGAGAGUUUACAUGUACAAGAAAGACGGCCAAAAAAACCUGUCGAUCACACCUUUGCAACAUUUCUGAAGCUUUAACUGAAGCAGUGUAUGGUGUUGAUUCAGCAUGAACAUGCCACUUGUUAGAGGCUUUGUGAGAAGAACUAGUCCUAACAAUAAUAGUCAGCCCCAUGUUUGUCCUCCCGGGAUUGAGCAACCUUAACGACAGACCACGUUACAGAAAUUAUGUUUUGUGGAAACCAGCAAGUCGGCUGCCACUGCAGCGGGAAAAUUAAAAGAUGCUAUUUCCAGUCUUAUUUAAGAGAACAGAGAAAGAAGGCUCUCCUUCUUGUAGGUACUUGCAGGCAUUUUAAUCUUCCCCUCUCCUGUUUUAUCAUUGCUGUUCUUUUCCUUAGGCACAGAGAUCUGUAACUAACCUAGGUUUUCAUCCUAGUGCUUGAUUGACCAUCAGUCCCAUCCAGUAGCACUUGCUCAUUUGAAGAAUGAAGAACAUAAUUUACCGCUCACCCCAUACCCUCACCUUCCUCAGCAAAGAAUAGCAGAGAAUGGUUAACAGAUUAUUUCAGCGUCGUCUUCAAUGAUUGUCUUCUGCCGGGAUGGCGCCUCUGCCCUGUCGGACCUCGUACCUCUGCUCGUUGCUGUUGUGUAGCCACUCGUCUCACACGAUGAGCCGGGCGAUGCAGGCUGAACCAGCCAGAGGAUAUUCAGGGCUUGGUUUUGACCUUCGUGCGCUGGGUUCUGGCUGCACCCUUUGGAAAGAUAACCACCAUCUGCUCUAAUCAUGUAGACUUACCGCAGCCUGGUUUCUCUGUUACAAUAAAGUUACUGUAGA